AUGAGCUUUGGCGUUUCUUUGUUCAUCAUCUUUACAUCUUUAUACCAAAAUUCUCAAGCUGUUGCCCUCGUUACUGCUGCCACCACUGACAGAGGUCAUUACACUGUUAGUGGCUUGGGUAAGAGAAAGCAACAAAUUUUGAAAGCCGGCGGUGGAAUCUGGGAUAUUGCUAUUGCAAUGCUCGAGAGCGAUCACAUGAUUACUGACUAUCCUUAUGGUGACAACAAGACCGAAGAUUCCGCCAACUUUGGUAUCUUUAAGCAAAACUGGUUCAUGCUUCGUACCUCUACUUCUCAGUUCAAGGGCAAGACAACUAGCCAAUGGAAGGAAGGUACCAUCCUCAACAAGAAAUUGGCACAAGAUAUCAAAGCUAGACAAGAAUCACAAAAUUUCUACGGCCCUGAUAAGUGGUUUGGUGGCCACAGAAACGGUGAAAGUGGCUUGAACAAUCCCUAUACCCAAGAUAUUACCAACUACAAGAAUGCUGUCAACUGGAUCCAUGAUCAACUUGCCAGUGAUCCCAAGCACUUGAAGGAUGAUACCAGAUUCUAUGUUUCCGUUGUUGCUAUCUAA